ACUGUCACUUGAGUUUUGUGUAGUACAUAUUUAUAACAAAGGUCUUCUUAUUUUAAGUGCAACAUUUUUGUAUGGUUGUGGCUUAAUUAUUGCUCUAAAUAUGUUGUUUUUUCAGCAAAUGGCCUUUUUUUGAGUCUUUAUGCUCCAGUUAACGAUUAAUCGAUUACUAAAUUAGUUGACAAUUAUUUCAAUAAUCAAUUUGUCACGAUUAAUCAUGUGAGCCCUACAAGCUUGGUGUAGAAGAUCUUCAGUUUUCUAGGCUUCUCUCAACCUGUGAGCCACGCUCUACACACAGAAGGACACAGUCACAGCCAGUUUUGGACAGUUCAUCAGUGAAAUCAAGCCCCAGCAUUUGUCCCCUGUUGUCCUCCAGCGCAGUAAAAGGAUGGUGCUGGACAGCAUUGGGGUCGGCCUCAUUGGAAGCACAACAGAUGUCUUUGAUCUGGCCCUGCAGCACUGCCAGCACAUGUAUGCACCUGAUUUCAUCAGCUCUGUGUACGGCCGCAGCAACGUCCGGCUUUCCCCAACCCUGGCUGCUUUCGUCAACGGAGUGGCAUCUCAGUCCUUGGACUUUGAUGAACCCUGGCAUCCAGCAACUCAUCCAUCAGGGGCCGUUCCUCCUCUAUUAGUGCUCAGUGACAUGAUGCCAUAUUCCUGAACUGCCAGUUCCUCAGAGUUGGAGUCAAGUCACACCAAGAUUAAACAUCUUUAACA